AAAAAAAAAUAAUUGCGGAUGAAAAAGAAAGGAUUUAUAAAAUUGGUCGGGCCACUAUUAAAGAGAUAAGAGGGGGAACGGAAGAACAACCAGAAGGAUUAGUUUACUCGCCUCGUUUUGAAAAUUUACAGCAAGGAACUUUUAAAAAUAUUCACAAAAUAGAUAUUAAAUCCUGCUACGCCAAUAUUAUGCGAGAUUAUCCCUUACCUUAUGGCGAACCAACUUACAUCAAAGAUCCAGAUGAAAUUUCUAAACAAUUACAAGCCGGUAAAAGUGGUUUUGUCCGUUUUUAUUUAAAAAAUGGGGCUAGAAUUAAAAAUCAGCAAAUACCUUUUGUGUCGGAUUGUUAUAAUGAAAUAAAAGGGGAAAUUAGGGGGCGGCUGCUGCUCUAUACUCUAGCGGUUAGCCAUGUCGCGACUCUUAAAACUUAUUAUCUCUACCGGCAAUUUAAACCAGAGGAUGUCUUGGCCAUUAGGAGUGAUUGUAUUUAUGUGAAAGGGGAAUUACCGGAUAAAUUUUUAAAAGAGAAAAGUAAAUACCAUAUUACUAAAUAUCGGCAA